AUGAGUCCGAUCUUCAAUUUUGGAAAAGUACGUCAUUGCCGAGUAUCUGGAUGGGUAUAUGACAAAGACUAUCUUCACAAUUCCUCGUCACCAAUGGAUUAUCGACGACGUCGUGCCGCCGAAAAGAUGACAGUGACAAAGUCUGAAAAUAAUUCAAGUGCAAGAAAUGUGAUUGCCUCACAUAUCGACGAGAAUUUGGAGAAAGAGCAAGAAUCAAUUGCAAUACAAUCGGAAACCAAUUUGACCCAAACUGAACUAAUGCAAUCAACAAAUGUGUAUUCGCUUGAAUUGUCGGUUUUGGUGUUGUCCUUUUCGUUAAGUUUAACCGAACCAAUGUUUCAAACGGAAAUUUUCCAACAAAGCUGCAUGCUCAAAAAUAACGAAUCCAUCUGUGGAUUGAUUGCAAACAAGCAAGCACCAGAAGAACUUAAGCACUUGGAGACCGAAUUAGAAAUAUAUGUAUCGAAGAUAUUUAUGGUUGGGACUGUUUUAGGAAGUAUUUUUCCAGUAUUUAUAAGCUUUUUUAUCGUGCAAUGGUCCGAUAGAUUUGGACGGAAACCUCUUUUAUUAAGCUCGUUUCUCGGAUUUUUUCUGAGCUAUGCCCUUUUGUGUGUGAUAUCGAUUGCAUCGCAUUAUUAUAAAAUUAAUCCAUGGUUCUACGUAUUGGCAUUUAUUCCACUAUCAAUAUUUGGUAGCCCAUGUACAUUGUCCACAGGAGUGUACACUUACAUAAAUGAUAUUUCAUUGCCUCAAGAUCGUAGCCUUAGAUUGGCAAGAUUAGAAGCAAUCCUUCUUCUCGGAAGUAUUAUGGGUAUUUUGACCUUUGUAUAUAUCAAAAUUUCGACACCAGUUGCAUUUGGAUGCUCUACUUUGUGUAUAUUCUUCGGGUUAUGCUGUAUAUAUUUCUUUGUUGAUGAAAGUAUUAAAAUAGAAAUCGAGCCAAUUAGUUGCAUCGAGAAAUUCAGAGCACUUUAUGAUUGGAAACAUGUGGCGGAUAUAUUUUCUACUACUUUCAAAAGACGAGAACAUAAUGGCAGAAUUCUUCUAUGGCUUGUAAUCGCUACAUUGGUUUUGGCCGCAUUCAGUUCAGAGGGUGCCGCAUCCGAACACUACUUGUUUGUGCGCGACCGAUUCAAAUGGAUGCCAACGGACUUUGCCUUAUAUUCUGCCUUCAAUAUGAUUUGUAAAGUAUUUGGAAAUCUUAUUGGAAUUUAUGUACUGCACAAAAUGUUUGGAAUGCCCGAAAUAUUCGUGAUACUUAUCAGUUUGUUCAGUGCAAUGACCGAUCAUAUUUUUAUCGGGCUGGCUGAUUAUUCAAUUCAAUUAUACAUUGCGGCGGUAGUGUUCAUGAUCAAGGUGGUAUCGUUCCCUCUAUGCCGUUCCUAUCUAGCUUCUUUGGUUCCGUCGUCCGAUAUUGGUAAAGUGUUUUCUGUGAUAAAAUCAUUGGAAUUAUUGGUUACAAUCGCGGCAGUGCCUCUUUAUACAUUUAUUUAUGACAACACUAUCGCCACAUAUCCGGGGGCAUUCAAUUUAUUUAGUGCAAUUAUUUUUAUUAUCUGCAUCCUACUCAUGACAACGGUAUUUUACAUUCGAGGCAAAUGGCAAGAAACUGCCAACUAUGAACGAAUGACGACCUGAUUGAAUUUAUCUUUUAAUAACAUUUUUAUGAAUAAAGAGUUCAUAAUUAAAAUUGAAACUA